AGGUGUCACCGUGUGCGUCUGGUGCGUUGUCUCUGGCGUGUUUGCUGAUAAGCGCGGUAAAGGCGGAUUCAACAGAGGGGACGCCGCGAAUAUAAUAGUUAGUCAGGUGCAUCAGACGUGAAGCGACAGGCGCGGUUCUCGCAUCUUUGGAAAUGGGCAAGGGUACCAAGCAAAAGUCUGACCAACAGUUUCUGGUCACCCACAAAGGUGUGGCGUACGACAUCGCGCCCUUCCUCGCACAGCACCCUGGCGGACUGGCACACGUAGAACCGUACAGGGGGAAAAACAUUUCCCAUUUGCUAAAGAGCAGACAUGGUUCCACCGAGUCUGAGUCAUCUUUGGUUCACUCGCUCUCGGCCACUUAUCUUUUGAACCAAUACCGCAUCAGCGAUGAUCCCAAGGAUAAGGACCUUGCGAACAAUAAUAAAACGACCAAUGGGUUAAAAACAAUGCAAUCACCAGAAGAAGAAACUGGAGAUGUAGAAGAUUUAGAACAUUUUGUCGACUGGAGAAAAGGAAUGCUGAAUCAGGUUGCAUCUUUGGGCCCCAAGUACUCGCAAUGGGUGAAUCUGCCUGUUGACAAACACCUGAUCCUGUUUGACAAUCCAACCUUGGAAAAAUUGUCAAGAGCCAAAUGGUAUUACGUCCCAAUCUUUUGGAUUCCUAUAUUUUUCGCUUUCCUAUACGUUCAUUAUUCAGGCGGUUUCUCGCAUGUCACAACCAUUUGCGGACUGGUAUUAGGCACAUUUUUGUGGACAGCACUUGAGUACACGUUGCAUAGGUGGCUAUUUCACAUGGAGCCGCCAAGUCACAGUCCAAGACUCAUUACAUUCCAUUUCCUCAUUCAUGGCAUACACCACAAAGUCCCAUUUGAUGGAACUCGUCUAGUCUUUCCACCAGCUGGAUCAUCGAUUCUUGGGAUGGUGUUGUACUUGAUAUUCAGAACCAUAUUGCCCACUAGCAUACUUCAUUCAACCGCAGCAGGAGUCACCUUAGGCUACAUGUUUUACGAUAUGUUUCACUAUUACUUGCAUUUUGGAGCACCAAAGCCAUCCUCCCACUUUUACUACAUGAAAAGGUAUCACAAUCAACACCACUUUUCACAACAUGAGUCUGGAUAUGGAAUAACUAGUCCUCUGUGGGAUGUUGUGUUUGAUACAAAAAUAGUCCUCAAAAAAUUGGCAAAGGCAAUCAAAUGGUGAAAUUCCUACAGCUAGAUGUUAUCGAGUCGACCAUCGUAGACUGAAUUUUGAGAGA